AUGGCUCCAAGAAUAGGAAACGCUUGGGCGGAGGAGAAGGAACGUGAACGCCAGCGUCAGCUAAAAAUGCAGUGCGAGCAGGAAUCAACUUAUUCAGCAGACUACCAGACUAUCCACGAGCAUCCCUCGCCGCGAGAUGGUGGUCCAGUGAGGACCUCCAUCCUCCAGCAGGGUUCCACGAUGUCCUCAACAGAAAAGCCCAGGACGUCUCAUGCUCUCAACUAUGACGAGGAUCUGGCAAUUGCCAUGCCUCGACCUCGCCCAGCGGGCAGGGAGCUCCAUCCGUCAAAAUCCUCUCCAGCAAUCAGACACAAUGCUGCAGUCAGGUCGUUCACCGAUCCUUUCGUAAUCUCGACAGACAACGAUAUUCACCCAUUGCGGAAUGCCUCGACGCUGGCAAACGUGAAGGCCGCAGACAGCAAAAGCCCCAAGGAAAAGAAGUCCAUGUUGAAGACACUGAAGUCGAAAUUGAGCUUGAAGGAUAUUAUCAAGGAAGCCAACAAGGACUCGAAGAAAAACGUCAAAGAGACGACGCCAAAAAGGGCGUCACCACCAGGGUUUCCAGACUGGGAUUGGCCUCUGCUCAGCCCAGACAACCCAGCCCUACACAUCUUCAACCCAAGGAACUCUGAAUCUGAGAAUAUGAUGAUGUCAGCUCCAGCGCCAUGUGGUCAAGAUGUGAAUUCUGCGUUUCCUUGUUCCAGCAAGUCCACAGUGCAGACUGCUUGCUCUGGCCGUACGCUUCCGGCUGCUCCAUUCGUCCUUUGGACGCCAGAAAAGCCAGACAAGCCGGAAACACCAGAGAGUACACAUACCGAAUAUUCUCCUCUUGAAAAAGGAACAUCCUCCAGAUAUGUUGCAUCAUUUGAAAGUGUGAAAGACAUGAUGAUGCCGGAAGAUGCCUCUCCUUUUCGCACGACAUGCCGCAGCUGUGGCCAGCCUACUGUCGUCAAAGUACAGCAGAGAGUUGUUAGCAUGAAGGAUGAGAAAGAGAGAAGCCAGGUGUUGACGCCUACCCAAGAAAUAGGCCGUACUAAGGUAGCUCGCCGAGAAACUGAUCAGAAGGUGCUCUGUCCUGAACAGUAUUCACAGGUAUGGGAAGAAGCCAGGUUGCGUACUCCCCUCACGCAUGACAACAUUGGCAGUGAACGUGAAGGACAUCCAAACACAAAGUUGCAGCAUUACCCUCACCCUCCAUUCUGUGAAGAAGAGUCUGGCAGAAAGACUGCUGACGAAAAGGAGUCAAAGUCGGAACACCUCAGCUUCUCGAGCGACCAAGGAGGGCAACCUAGCCUGAGAGGAUAUCCCUUAAGCUCCUCCUCUGUUUUCAAGCCUGAGACGCCCACCCACCGAGGCAGCCAGCAUAGUCGAGACGUGAGCGACAUCGACAGCGAAGCUUUUCUUGCUGGUACGACAGGCCGUGGUGGGUAUGCGCCUGCUCCGCCGCAGUCUGACUACCAGGGCAGCCUGACCUUAGAGCAGCAGUUAACCAGCGUUGAGCUCUCACUCCAUCACCACAUCAACAACACUGUCGCAAAACUUACCCGGGUCAUCUGUGACGGCAACAACUGGGUAGAUGAUCAAAACAUGAGAGGUCUCGACCGGAUCAGAGAGGUUUUCGAGAGCUCUCGAGCCCUCAUGAGCAAUAUGGCAGCGCAGAAUAGCAAAUCCACCACCGACUUGGCCAAACUCGUCUCUGAGCUCCGAGAUGAUAUCAGGGGCAUUCGAGAAGAGAUGCGCCGAAUGGAUGAUGCACACACUGACCUCAUCAGAAAGGAGUCUACACGCUUGAACACAAGAAUAAACAGUCUCGAAGCAGAAGUCUCCCAUAUCCACAGAAAACUGGGUUCUGAGACAGGUCCAACCUGGCCUCUCCCUCCGAAUUUGCAGCCGCAGAACAAGAAGUCAGAAUCAGAUCUGAAAGCGACAUCGGUCACUGAGUUGCCCACUGACAGUUCCAAUGCGCAAAGUGAGACCAUUCCAACACACCGAGUCACUUUUUGCACACCAUCAGACAAUGUCGCUGAAAAUCGUGAGGACAACCCUAGCUAUAGUAGGGAAUGCACGAGCACUGCUUGGUCUCGACACCUGGAGAACUCUUCUACUGGAAGUCCGACUCCGAAGAGAGGAAGGGAAAUGAAAGACGGCGAUCUUGACCAUGGCACUGCGCUUGCGACGACUACGAGCCAGGCCUCAUCUGUGACGGAUGAAAAUAAAAAACCAGGCAAAAAUGAACCCUCCACGAAGUCGACUCCGCAUCGGAAAGGGUAUUUCAGCUUUGGAAGACAUAAGGCUCCCAAGACCCCCGGUCGGGGCGGAGAGGAUUCGAAAAGAGGCAAUAAUGUUGAGAAGACUUCCUCCUCCUCACUUGCGGCUUCAUGCAGCAGCUUCGGCUCGAACGUGCCCCAACUGCCAUACCCUCACCAGGACGCAGCAGAGGACCUGAGCUCCCUAAGCCCAUCGAAAGUCCAUCCUGCCCUGCGCACCCCUUAUCAACGACACAUCCUGCGUGAACGCGAGCUGCAUCAACAGCGUCAACAACAAGAGAAGGAGAAGGAAGAACAGUCGCAGAUGAGCCAGCAAGGCAGAUCAGCUCUCGGCAGAGGUCCUACUACUAGUCCAUACCGAAACCUCAGCCUCAACGUCGAUGUGGCUCAUUCUGCUGGUAUUGGCGGUGGCGUUCCAGUUUUUACAACCCGGCCGCGUCUUGCUCCGUCUCCCCUCCCAGCUCAUCGUCCUACCGAGAGGCCCGUGACGCCCCCUACGGCCGAUCCUAGUAGCGAGCGGUCUGGAGCCAGCUGGUAUGAGGAGGAACAUGGUGAGGGCAACUGGAUUUAA